CCCAGCAUCUUAACCACUACAUUAUGCUGGCCUUCUCAUAAAAUGUCAAAAAUGUGCAAAAAAAAAAAAAAAGGGGGGGGGGAGAAGAAGAAGAAAAAAAGAGGGGACUUUGAAAGCAUGCAAUAUUUUUAAAUGAGAAGUUCAUGAGGAUUUUUGGCUUAGUUCAGACUGAAUUUUACCCCAGGCUUAAGUGGCAUGAGUCUACAUUGCAGGAAAAUAAUGAGGUUGGAUCCGGAAAGCUAUGUUUCCUCUUGCAGGCAAAAGAGCCUAUUAUUUAUUGCAGCAUUUCUGUUUGUUGCCAACUGUACUUCACAAAAACAUACGCACUACCUUCCUAUUUUUUUUUCCCAGGGAGCUGCUGACAUGUGCAGCAUCUUCUUUGAAUCCCAUUGCAUCUGCCAGCACUUUGCCUUUGGGAAUUUAGCUUUGGUCUGAAUAAUUAUAGCAUCCUGUAUUAUGAGUUUAGAAAGGGGGUGUGGGGAGAACCCCAGAAAAGAACUCUGGCAGAACAGGUGACACCCUUUGAAAAAAGUAUAAAUAGAGAUAAGUGGGUAGUGGAUUCAGCAAUCUUACUUUGUGUCAAGUGGUGCCUCUUGCUUUCAGCUUAGCAUUAAGGAAUUUCUCUGCCACUAUGAGCUGUGGUCCAAGACACACGGUCCUAACAGCUGGGAGAAACAGCAGUGGGAGCUGCAAUCUUGGAGUGGGGGUUUCUUCUGUUGGCUCUGGGCGAUAUUCUUCAUGUGGGCUAAACAACGAAAGAGCUAGCUUCUCUGGACGGAGUCAUCUUGGGGGGAGAAGCCAUUUCUCAACUGGCAGCUGCAGUGGGGCUUUUGUCAGUGGAGGACAUGCUGGGACAAAUGGUAACUUUGUGGCCACCUCUCACAUGGGGACUUCUGCUGCUAGAAAUGGUAUGGUAGGUGGUGCUGGUGGUGGUCAUGUAGGUGUGGUAGGUGGUAUUCCUGGUGGUGUAGUAGGUGGUGCCCAUGGUGGCCUAGUUGGUGCUGUACCAACUGCUGUAGUUAAUGGCAUGGGUGGUGUAGUUGGUGCUCCUCAUGCUACUAUGGUAGGUACUCCUUGUGGAGUGGUUGGAGCUGUCCCUGCUGGCAUGGUAGGUGGCAUGGCUCAUCCAGGUGUUGUUGGUGGCAUGGGUGGAACAGUUACUGGAUUGAUUGGAGAACCUGUUUGUGGAGGUAUUUUCUCUAAUCUUGAUGGGAAGAUGACCAUGCAGAACCUCAAUGAUCGCCUGGCCAGCUAUCUAGACAAAGUCCGAUGCCUGGAAGAGGAAAAUGCCGAGCUUGAGUGCCGAAUCAGAGAAUUUUAUGCCAAGCAAGGCCCUCUGUCUGAACCAAAGGACUAUACUCAUUACCACCAGCAAAUUGAAGAUCUCAAAAACCAGCUUAUUUGUGCAAGUGUGGAGAAUAACAAACUCCUUCUGUGCAUUGAUAACAGCAAACUGACUGCUGAUGAUUUCAGAUCCAAGUAUGAGACGGAAUGCUGCCUCCGUCAGAAUGUGGAGGCUGAUAUUAAUGGACUGCAUCAAAUCCUGGAUCAGCUGACUGCCUGCCGAUCUGACCUGGAUAUACAGUGUGAGAACCUGCAAGAUGAGCUAUGCUGCCUAAGGAAAAACCAUGAGGAGGAAGUUGCCUGCCUGAAGAACCAGGCCUCUGGAGAUGUCAGUGUGGAAGUGAAUGCCUGUCCUGGGCCAGAUCUGAAGAAAAUCCUGGAGGAGAUGAGAUGCAAAUAUGAAUCAAUGAUUGAAGGAAACCGCAAGGAAGUAGAAGCAUGGUAUGAAUCCAAGAUUGAGGAGGUGAAUCGUGAUGUCUGCACCAGCAGUCAGGAGAUUGAAGAAAGCAACAACAAGGUCACUGAAUUAAGACGCCAACUACAAGCCCUGGAGAUUGAAUAUGAUGCUCAGUGCAGCCUGAGGGACACCCUAGAAAGUUCCCUGGGUGAAACUGAGCUUCGCUACAACAGCCAUUUGGCUGAACUCCAGGAGCGCAUCUCCUGUCUGGAGCAGCAGUUGGCAGAACUGCGGUCAGAAAUGGAAUGCCAGAACCACGACUACACAGAGCUCCUGGAUGUCAAAAGCCGCUUGGAGAAGGAGAUUGCCACCUACCGGGGCUUGCUGGAAGGGGGGCAACAUGACAUUGUUGGUGGAGGAGGAAUCAGUAGAAACAGCAGCACAGCAGGUGCAAGAUCCAGUGAAGCUCGGACAUCCCACACUUAUGUGACCCAUUCAUGCCAUGGAGCCCAUUUGCAUCACUAGAGCACAUAAACAUGAGACAACUGUAGGAGAAGGGGCAGAGGGUCCCUUGCCCCAAGAAGCAUUCCUGAUAGUUCUUCCAACCUUCUAUUGCUUACUAUCUCAUGUAUUUUCAAAGCGGAUGUGAGGGCAUCUACUCCACUAUCUCCUGCUGAGUCUUUCCCAUUUUUCUGCAAGAUAGCAUUGUUUUUUACCUAAUAAGUAUCAGUGCCGUGGUUGCCUAUCCUCUGACCACUGAA